AUGACUACUCAAAAAUCAUUUCAGGUAUCAGCUCAAAAACCGUACGAUAGAGAUACUCUAGGAGGAUUAUCUCAUCGUUAUUCGGAUUGUAUCGCUUGUAAACUUCCCAAAGAAACGGUAUCAUCUAUACUUGAGAAUAUUGCGAAUAAAACCACUCCACCAAGACAUGAAUCUUCAAUCUACACGGUAUCAGCAGAUUGGAUUGGUUCACUUGCCACCUCUAUUAUCAAUGAACUUUCUACAGUCUUGAAUGCCCCUCCUGAUCAUUUCGUGGAAAUUGGAAAAACCAUUGCCAAUAUUGUUUCAUGUGUAGGAAACGGAACUUGGUCGACUGGUAUUACACCUAUCAAUGCUCUAAAGGAUAUAGAAACCAAUUUUCCAUUAUAUAUUUCAGAUUACUUUGAUCAAUUGUCUGGUUGGUCAAGAGAGAACUUUUUCGAAGAAUCGAGUUCUAGGAUAGGAAGUAAUAUUGCUGAAUUAAGUCUUGGCGGUCCUUAUCCUGCAGAAAAUCCUAAUGGCCUGGAACCUGCCUUAUCCGGAAAAUAUGUGAAAAUUAGCUGGAAACUUCCUAAUAUUGACCUUCCAUUCAACGUUUCAAACGAUCCAACAUUUGCUUCGGACGGUGAACAAGUUUAUAGAUAUUUUGCAUUCAUUGAUGAUUUCAAACAUGCCAUCUCAAUGAAUGAGGACGGAUCAAUCACCAACGAACUUUAUAAUUUCUCCGAUCCCGCCCAGCUAUGGAGAAUCGAAAAUUACGGUAACUUUUAUGCCUUGUAUAAUAAGAAGUAUAAAACAUAUCUAGGAAGAUCUCUUAAGGGUAAUAAUAGCAAACCCGAUAAUAAUUGGCAUGAAUCCGCUGUAUAUCUUGUUGAGGAUCCAGAGACACAUGCUUAUUCAAUUGGAUACGCGCAAGAAAGCGCAAAGAUUGAAUAUAUUUUAAAAGACCUUAAUCUUGUUACUGUUCCGCUAGUAGCAUGGCGUAAUUCUUCAGGGCAAUUUUUGGGUAUUGAAGAUAUUCAGUCUGGAACUUUAGGAUUCUCUGAUGGUGAACAAUACAAUAAUGAUGUGAUUCCAAAAUCAGAACAACUCUUUUUAUUCGUUCCCCAUACAGCAAUUGUGAUUGGACACAACGGAAAAUUACUUGAAUUUGAUCCAAUUUCAAAUAAGAAAUCUUUUAGUUAUAAUUUUAAAUCACCGAUGAGAUUACCUUUUGUAUUGUUUGAAUACAUUCAAAAUAUAUGGCAAAGGAGUGCAAAUCAUUUAGCCACUCGCUUACAUAAUUUGAUUACUGAAGCAUCUCCAUCACCUGGUUCAGGAACACGAGUUCGAGUAUGGAAGGCCGACCCAUCUGUCAAACAGAUCGGAAUACGGGAACUUUUCUUAAUAAACACUGACAUAACCGCCGGACCGAAUGAUUCUUGGUUCGACACAGUAUCAACAUUAAGCCCAAUAACUCCUGAUGAAAAUGGAGAUUUCUUAUUAACAUUCGAUAAUACACCUCCAACAGUUCCUGAAUCAGACAAUCAUAUUCGAUUUGACGUUGUGCAUACCUUUUCGGUCGUUCGAUACGUAUUUAACGUGUUAAGCGGUGACUUGGAAUAUCUUGACGGACGUCCUCCCGUAUUAGAACGACCUUGGGGAAAUGAUAAGAGGCUUAGCAUAGAACCUCAUGCUGGAGAAAAGGCUGACGCUUAUUACAGUCGUGGCGAAGCGGCUCUGAGAUUCUUUUAUACGUUUGAAGGCAGUGAUCGACCAAUUUAUUUGUGUAGAAGUAUUGAUGUGGUGGCUCAUGAAGCUGGUCACGCUUUCUUGGAUACCUUGCAACCUGAUUGGCAAGCUGAUGGACAAACUGGUGCUUUCCAUGAAGCGUUUGGUGAUUUGUGCAGUUUAUUUGUUCUCAUCUCUAUGGCGGAAAUUGCAGAUUUAUUCAUCACCACGACAAAAGCGAAUUUAAGAGCCCCAGACAAUUUCUUAUCUGCUAUGGGGGAAGAAUUUGGUGAUGCGUUGUACAACAAUAAAGGAAAAGGGUUGAGAAAUUUAUCCAACACACUUAAAGGUUCUAAAGUUGGAACCGAAGUACAUGAUUUAUCGAUGGUUUUUAGCGGAUUCUAUUAUGAUGUAUUGGCUGAUGUGUUUACAUUGGAAAGGAACCCAACAAUUAAGGGUGAUACCGAAACGUUAAUGAACGUUGGAGCAAACUUGCGAAGAGCCCUCAUAAUUGCAAUACGUGUGUCCUCUCAUCGACCAACGCGAACAAAAUUCCAGGAGAUUGCAACUAACUUGGAUAUCGCAAUUGGUACUUUGGGUAGAAAAUUAGGAGUGGAUUUAACAAGUUGGAGACAAGUCGUGAAAAAACAUGCUAAAGCAAGAGAAUUAUCAAUUGCUGGAAGAUGA